AUGGUUUCGACAAUAUAUGGAGCAGUUUAUUCAAUCAGGACCGGGGCUUCUACUGUGGUUGUGCUCAAUUCUCCCCCGACCGCCAAAGAGGCCAUGGUAACCAGGUUUUCGUCCAUUUCAACAAAGAAUCUAUCAAACGCCUUGAAGACUCUAACCAUUGAUAAAAGCGUGGUUGCAACAAGUGACUACAACGAGUUUCACAAAAUGGCCAAGCGAUUUUUACUGAGAAAUACUUUGGGUUCAAAUGCUCAGAGACGACAUCGACAUCAUAGAGAAACCAUGAUUGAAAACAUAUCAAGCCAAUUUCAUGUUUUGCUCAAGGAAGAUCCUCUCCGCCCUGUUAACUUCAGGGAAAUAUUCGAGUCCGAACUUUAUGGAUUGGCAAUGAAGCAGGCUUUGGGAGAAGAUGUGCAAUCAAUUUAUGUGGAGGAGCUUGGUACAACUUUAUCAAGAAAAGAGAUGUAUAAAAUCCUAGUCAUUGACAUGAUGGCGGCUAUAGCGUCAUCAUUUGCUGGAAUCGAAAUAUCUGCGAGAAUUGAAAUGAGUAUCCAACAAAAGCUUUUCAAGAUGAUGACAGUCAUGAAUGCCCUUAUCAAGGAACAGAUUAAACGAAUCGAUUCGGUGGAGGAAGUGAAUUGUUAUCUAAGUUACUUGUUAUCUGAAGCAAAGACACUUACAAAGGAGCAAAUAACAAUGUUGGUUUGGGAGACAAUCGCUGAAUCAGCAGAUACUACUUUGGUCACAACAGAGUGGGCCAUGUAUCAGCUUGCUAAAGAUCCAACCCGACAGGAUCGUCUGUAUGAUGAAAUGAGAAAGGUUUGUGGUUGUAACAAGGUUAAGGAAGAAAAUUUAUCCCAACUCCGAUACUUGGAUGCUGUUUUCCAUGAAACCCUGAGGAAGCACAGUCCGACUCCAUUGGUUCCUUUAAGACAUGUUCAUGAAGAUACCCAAAUAGGAGGGUAUUAUAUACCAGCAGGAAGUAAGAUUGCUGUUAAUAUCUAUGGCUGUAACAUGGACAAGAAUCACUGGGGCAACCCAGAAGAGUGGAAUCCAGAGAGGUUUAUGGAUGAGAAAUACGACCCUUUGGAUAUAUACAAGACGAUGGCCUUUGGAGCUGGAAAAAGGGCAUGUGCAGGCUCUCUUCAGGCGAUAUUUCUGAUUUGUGUAACGAUUGGUAGGUUGGUGCAGGAAUUUGAGUGGAGAUUGAAUGAUGGAGAAGAAGAGAAAGUGGAUACAGUCGGGUUGACAUCUCAGAAGCUGCAUCCACUGUUUGCAAUGCUAAAACCUAGAGAAUAA